AUGUUUCCUAGCCCUGUGACAACGACUCCCUUCUCGGUCAAGGAUAUUUUGAACCUGGAACAGCAUCAGAGCGGCCUGGCUUCCAUGGAGCUCUCGUCGCUGUCCUCCCCCUCCUGCAUGCUGGCCGCCUUCAAGCAGGAGACGUUCGGCGCUGAGCCGCCGGCCCUGCCCGACCUGCGGGAGGAGCUGCCCGAG